AUGUCACCCGGCAACGCGCGAGAGCCUAACCCGUCCAUGUACCGAACUUCUAACACCUUCGCGCGACACACCCCACGUGCCUCUCCGUCUGUGUUCCAACACCCUGCGCCAGUUCACAGGAGCACACACUAUGCACAGCGCACCCACAGUAUAAGUCCCGGCCCCCCUACACACAUACAGACCCACAAUCAUGCAGAUGGGCAGAGACACACCGGUGUACCGGCGGUGGGUAGAGGUCAGGGUAUAGGUGGUGUGGGUGGGCAUAACGGCGGUAGUCAUUAUAGCAACGGUGGCUCGCCACUGCCGCAUAUGGGUGGGUACAGUCCGGGACUUUAUGCCGAGGGACACAGGGACAGAGUGGACCCCGAUAGUCAGAGUGGGGCGGAGAACAGUAGGAAGGCAGUCAAGCUGACACCUAGGGGAACCAAUGUGUAUGUGAUGCACUCUACGGCGAACUCAAGCUCAAACACGCCUGUCGAACGGAGUGGCGGGUAUACACAGACACCCACCAGCGCACACGCAUACGCCGGUACAACAACGUACAGACACCCCACUUCACACACACAGGCCCACCGCAGGAGUGUAGGCGAGGGUUCCGACUAUGGGUCGGUGGGGCGAGCGAGUGGGGGUAACCAUGGCAACCAGCACGGGGCUAAUGGUGGCGGUAGCCAUGCCCAUCGGAGCACGGAUGAUACUGAGCACGAUCCCGAGCACGAGCGUGAGGGUGGACGGGACAGCGAACACGAAGCUGAUGUGCUGUAUACACUCGGGGCAAUGGAGGAAAACACCAAUGUCUUGGGUGCGCGACCGGUGUUGGAUACAGAGAGAGAGGUAGAUAUUACAUUCUUGGGGGCCUCCAGUAGUGUGGGUGUCAGUGCAAGCAUGCAUAUCGAGCGAGUAGCAGUGCCCGUGUGGGGCGGGGUGGGUGUGGACAGUGUGGAGAGUGUGACGGCGGCUGUUGCGGAGAGUACCAUGGAGGCGGUAGUACGAGAUAGUACGGUAGAGAUUGGGUAUGCAAGUACCAGCCCGGUGAUGGAGAGUAGUCGACACUUAGAAGAGACAGAGGCGAGCGCGGGGCAAAGUUCUUCCAUGCCUGAUAUAUCGAGAGAUGGGGGUUCACAUACUCAUGUAGUACACACGAGCCACAGCGAGACGAUGGUUGUGGAGGAGAGUAGCGAUGGAGAAGGGAGCGUAUCAAUGUAUGACGGUGUUCCGAUGGCUCCGGCCAGCCCACCGUCGGGUAAGCGACUAAGUGUAACGGAAAGCGGUGCGGGUGAACCCGAGGGACCGAGUACCGGUGGUACUGACGGAAGCAGUAAGACAAGCGAGAGAGGAGAAGGGGAGGGGGUAGGUACAUGUACAGGGGACGUCAGUGACGACACACGUUUGGGGGGUAUGGCCACACGGCAGGGUGAUGUAUCAGACGGGGGAGCGCAACAGACACGGAAUGGGGGGCAGCCAAGCACGCUAGAGCACAAGAACUAUCUGAAUGCCCAGGGCGUUCACGACGGGACGCGACACUCGCCGAGGCUAUUGCGGGGGCCGAGGGAGGGUCAGGCACGGGGGGCAAAGGACACACACACGAGUCCCUUGUUAGGGGCCAAAAGCACACCCGAAAGCCCUCGAUUAACCGCCAAGAACGCCCCCAAAAGUCCUCGAUUAAUCGCCAAGAACACACCCAAAAACCCUCGAUUGAUCGCCAAAAACACACCGAAAAGCCCUCGACCCGCGAUUAAUCGCCAAAAACACUCCCAUAAGCCCCCGAUUAAUCGCCAAAAACACUCCCAAAAGCCCCCGAUUAGCUGCCAAAACACACCCAAAAGUCCUCGAUUAACCACCAAAACCACACCCAAAGACCCUCGAUUGACCGCCAAAAACACACCCAAAGGCCCUACAGUACCUGCUAAAAACACACAAUCGAUCUCCUUAGCCGUCACGAGGAAUACACCCAAACCCUCAGCACUCCAACGGAAGUCACCCCGGAAGACACCAAGGUCACUGCACGAUUCGUUUGCUGUAGCGGACACCUCUGUGGGGGUCCAAGGAGCGACGAACCUCAAAGGAUAUCCGAAAACGGAAUCAGCCGCAAACAGUUCCAGAAAACUGACCGACUGGAUUAUUAAGCCGUACGACGAUGUUUACGAAGACGGCUUCUGUGUGGAGGGUACCACCGUACCUGGUAAUGUCUACUGGCACAGGUAG